AUGUUCAGCGAAGCAACUGAGACGCUUCUGAACGCGACACGCUAUGACGAGGAUUGGGAAGAAAGACAGUUCCAAGACCCAGAGAUAUCCGAUAGCGAAGACUCAGAACACUGGCCUAUGGACGACGAGACGGAUGGGUCUCCUAAAGCCAUCAGUAAGAAGCCAGAUUUACUGGGCAACGACUGGGCUCGAGUGCCAGGAAGCUUCGACCCACUGAACGAAAAUUACGGGACUCAAUGGGAAGGCCGUGAUCCCAAUACGGAGGAACUCUCAGAGAUACCGGAGACACCCGACGAAAACUUUCACAAACAGAUACCCGGUCAGGAGGACGCUGGCAGCACUGACUCGGAAGAUAAUCAAAAAGGGGAAGACAGCGAAGCCGAUCAGCAUGUCUUCACUCUACUGAAAGAAAUUAGUAACGAGCAAUGGAAAGAGAAGUUGAUCCAGGACCUAAAACAGGAUCCAAUAAAGCUUACAGGGGGACUGCGACGCAUUAUCUCGCAAUGCUCGCACUGGAAGUUGGACUGUUGGAACCCACAGAGAGAGGACUGGGCAACACACAGAACUACGGGAGAAGACAUUGAACAGGAUAUUGGGAAGACUAUUGUCAAGUUCACUACGACGCGAAGCUUGGACAACAUUUCCCACGACAGCCACGAGGUUCUGAACCAGAACGCUCGAGUCAUGGUAGACUCUGGAGUAACGGGCAACUUCAUGGAUCCAAGAUUUCAGGAACAGCUGAAGAUCUUAGGGAUAACAAAGGCUACGCCAGAGCCUAUCACAGGACUGAACGGUGAACCAUUGGGAGGACACCUCACAGUCGAAUCAGGACCAGUACCCAUGGUUGUAAAGGGUCAUUUCGAGUAUAUAAGUUUCGACGUGACACCUUUGGGACGGUAUAACGUGGUGUUGGGGAUCCCAUGGCUUCGGGAUUACAACCCAGAGAUUGAUUGGAAAACAGAGAGUCUUCAAUUCACGAAAUGUGAAUGCCCACGACAAGGCCAGAUGAAGAAGGCAUCUGAGGCCAAACGGCGUGCUCAGGGCCAAGCGAGCCGAGCUGACGCUAAGAGGUCAAGGGGUAGACCUACAGACAUGCUAACUGAAGACGCCGAGCAGGUGGACACUGCGGUCGCAGUUAUGGCAGCAACCAAACCUACGGGAAAGGAAUGGUUAGCACGACUUUCUGGUUGGGCACCAGAUACACGACAAGAGUACGCCAACACGAUGGCUACUACUGAAUACAACACGGAACUGCACGAACAGAUCGAGUCAUGGCAAAUGAUCGAUGCUACAGAAUUAGCGGCCAGCAAAGAAGUACAGCAGUUACCAGACAAAUACGAAAGAUUUCAGGAGCUAUUCGAACAACCCGAGAAGCCUGAACUACCAGAACACGGAAAACAUGACCACCGGAUUCCUCUCAAAGAUGAAGACAAAGUCGCAUGCAGAAAGAUCUACCCUAUAUCAGAAAAGGAGUCUCAGAUCUUGCGACAAUACAUUGAGAAACAACUUGCAAAAGGCUACAUCAGACCAUUGACAUUACCUGCAGGACACGGAGUCCUGUUCGCAUCAAAAAAGGAUAGGAGCUUACGAUUAACGAAAUACGGACAUUUCGAAUACUUGGUCAUGCCAUUCGGGCUAACCAACGCGCCAGCAUCAUUCCAGCGAUUCAUUAACGAAGUUUUGGGAGAAUUGCUCGACACCUUUGUCAUCGCGUACCUAGACGAUAUUCUGGUAUUUUCGAAUAAUGAAGAAGAGCACAUUCGACACGUGAAGCAAGUGCUACGGAAGCUACGCAUUACUAAGUUACGAUUGAAACUCAAGAAGUGUGAGUUCCAUGUCCAAGAGACAGAGUUCUUAGGACACUGGAUUACCACCGAAGGAGUACAUAUGGAAAGAAGCAAAGUCCAGGCAAUCAGGGAUUGGCCUGUACCCAAAAGCCUGAAAGAAGUCCAACAGUUUACCGGAUUGAUCAACUAUUAUCGGAGGUUUAUCGAUGGAUACGCCAAAUCCAUGGUACCGAUAUUCAACUUGUUGAAACAGAAUCAGAAGUUUGAAUGGAUAACACAGGCACAGCAAGCCUUCGACGACGUGAAACGGAGAAUCACGACCGCACCAAUCUUAGUACAGCACGAUCUAGAGAAGCUGACUACGAUCGAAACCGACGCAUCCGACUAUGCUAUCGGUAUGAGAAUGACACAACCAGAUGAGAACGGCAGAGCCAAACCAAUUGCGUUCCAUUUACGAAAGCUUAUUCAGGCAGAAAUGAACUACGACAUUCACGACAAAGAAUUGCUAGCCAUAGUGACAGCAUUCAAAGUAUGA